GAUUAGCUUUCGGGAAGCGUCAAAGGAACAUGUCCGCGCGCUUUUUUAAACAUAUCUCUGACCGCACGGAGAUAAAACGUGUGACUUCCAGCUUCAAAGCGAUCGCGAUAGAUUUGAACGAGCUAUCAGAAGCAUGGGGCAUUUUUCUUGGCAUUUUUCACAGUGCUGGCUCUGAUCGUAAAGCAAGAAAGACAGCUCGGUAGCUGGAUGGAUCGUUCACGCAUCUUUCAUAACCCGGCAGUGCCUUCGGUGCCAUACGGUAUGCGUGGGCGAAGCUUGUGCCUUACACUCCUGUUGUUGUGCAGCUUCAUUUGUCCCUUAUACGCAGCAACGAAUGACGGAAAAGGACCGGAGGAGCAGGGAAGUGGGCAAGUGGCACUCGUCCACGAAGCGGACGUCGUCUCCCGUGUCCGAUCUCUGGUCCGCGACUUGGUGCCAGCACCGACCGCGGUCUCAGCGUCGCAGCGCUCCGUGGCCGGCCGGCUAGUGCUCGAGUCCCUGGUGUUCCUGGCGGUUCUAGCGACCAGUAUGACACUCUUCCCGGGCUGGUAUUCCGUGUUGGUGGCGGUGUCGGCGCUAUUCUCCCUCUACGAGUCGGCAACCACGGCGGUAGCAGUCACGCCAGUAUUCACGGCCAGGGGAGACUUGACUCCGAUGAACGUCACCGACACCAAUUGCCAGGUGCAGCUGCUGUGCGAGGUGACCCGGAUGACACGCGCCAGGUUCCCGGUGGUGGCGACGCUUCUCAAAUCAGCGGCCAGGGGCGACCACAGGGGCGGCCCCUUCGUGCAGGCCAUACUGGCGGGGCUCAGCCGCGUCGACUGCGCCACGCUGUUCGGCUGUCCGCGUCACCGCAUCGAGCCUUUGCUCGCGAGGCAAGCCUCGACGAUAGCGUCCGAUAGUUCGUGCCCCGCAUAUAUAACCGCUCGCUUUUUCCAGCCGAACUUGUUCCUCAGCGCGUGCCUGCCGCACCAUCGAGCUGCUUCCUUCCUAAUCAAGGACUGUUUUAAACCUCCUUGUUCCUAAUCAUAUUCCCUAAGCACGACUGGACCUUUUGAACACGAGCUCGUGCUGUUCUUAGGGCCGAGGUGGAGCAUUGCAAUUUACCGCAUUGAAUGACACGUUCACGGCGCUAACUACGGGUUGUUAUAUACAGCAAAAAGUAAAACUCACUGUUCAUAAUCUGCUGUCCACAUGCUUAAUUUCUUUGUCGUUUCGCACUGGCUCGACAAAGUUACGUGUUAAUUACCCUCGAAUUUUGACUCGCGUUCGUCUGAGCGCGCGAGGCCUUUUGCGCUUUCCGAGGCCUAAUUCACUUAGAACCUAUGACCAAUUGGGGGCUCUCAGACAUCUGAAGCCUGGGCCUUCGAGGGGAAAGAAAACAACAAUAAGAAAAAAGACACAAGAAACACGCUGAUGUACAAAUUGCACUUCCCCAAAAGGCAGGAACAAGUUGUAAGAACUUUAGCAGAAAUGUAAAAAAAAAAAAUGAAAAAAGAAAUUCAGAUUCAACGUAUAGAUUUAGAAUCUGUCUGAGACGAAGCUUUUGUGUAGCAUUUAACUGCUACAAAGGUGUUCAACGCGUUUUACAACAUAGCGAUUACUGAGUGCCUGCCCUGCAAAUAUAAGCAAGACGCGGAGACUUCCACCACGUGACCGCGGAUUACAAUGCCUCUGGGAUAGAUCCACUUUUCAUCAUGCCAUCUGCUGUAUCAGCCCAGCUUGCUAUUGGACUAUCUCCAGCACCGGCCUUAUUCGGCAAGAAGCCGAGCGAGUAGACGCGUCGAACACGUACCGGGAAAGAAGUCAUAGAAAGAUUCACUUUAAUAAAGAAAUUAUGCGUUUGAA